CGGCCGUCCGCAUCGUGCGCGCCACAAGCAAUCUGUCUGCGCCCGCUGCGGCGGAGCCAGUGUCAGGCGGUGCCGCGGCAGCCCCCGACGCGGUCGACAUCAAGAUCCAUGCGCCCUGCCUUCCAGCAAAACUUUGCGAAAAUCCUCUGCAUUGUCCUUCCCGCCUCCCUCCUCCUCACCUGGGCCGCGCCGAGCAGCCUCGCCACGCUCUCGCCUGCCGACGGUGCCGUCUGGCUCGCGCCCGACGAGCCGGAGCUUCGAUAUGUCGUUCGGCAGUACUCUGCGCCGGCGGCAGCCCUCUGUGCCGACCCCGAGGCCGCAGACCUCCUGCGCGACAGCCUGCAGGUGCCUGCAUGGCGCGGCAGGCCCGCGGCCGAGUGCUGCCGCUGGCGGGGAGUCAGCUGCGGCUGGGACGGCGCGGUGACCAAGCUGGCGCUGAGCGGCUCGCGGGCCAACGGCUCGCUCCCCACCGGGCUUCCCUCCCUGCUCGCCUCGCUGCGCGUGCUCGACCUGAACGGGCUCUCCGCGCUCUCGGGCACGCUGCCGCCGCUGGGCCGCUGCGCACGCCUCACGCACGCCUACCUCUUCGGCACGGCACUCUCGGGCACGCUCCCGCGCUCGCUGCCCGGCUCGCUGCAGGAGCUCGAGUGCUCGCGCUGCCGUCUCUCCGGCACGCUGCCCGACACACUCCCGCGCGCGCUGCAGUACCUCUUCCUCGAGUCGAACCGCCUCUCGGGCACGCUCCCGGCCUCCCUCUCCCGCCUCCGCUCCCUGACCGAGCUCGAGCUCUCGGACAACCGACUCGAGGGGUCGGUGCCCGCCGCGCUCGGGUCGCUCGGCCUGCGGCACCUCGACCUCACCGGCAACGAGAGGCUCACCGGCAGCCUCGCCACGGCGCCCCCCAAGUCGGGCUGCUCCGGAGGCAGCGACCGGUACCUGCGCGGCCGCAUGGACGCGCAGCUCACGAGCAGCUUGCGGCCGCCAAAGUCGGACGGAUAGAAUCGCACCUCCUCCCAUUGACGGGUGCGGGCGGUUCGCGCGGGGUGUGGUCCGGGUUGUGAGCGAGGUCUCUGUCCGCCGGAGAGAGGGAAGUCUGAACUUUGUGGACUGGCCUCGCCUCCCCGAUCCGCACACCGUCUCUCCCGCCGCAUCGGCCGGCCUCCCCGCCUUCGUCGUCAGCUGGGAGAUUGUGCGGAUGGAGCAGCCGCACGCCGCUCCCGGCGAGUCGAGCCCCUUCGACGUGCGGCUGGGGGCUGGCGCCGUGGAGCCGCGACGGCCUGGCCGCGGACCCGGCGACCCAAAGUACAGGUUUCGUCUUCUAGUCGAUCGUCUAGUCGAUCGCCCCCCGGGCCACCCGCGCAAAUUUUGAUCAGCAAAUUUCGAAGGCGGCCGCAAAUUUUGAGGUAGAUUUUGAUUGUCAAACGUGGUCCGUCGUGGUACGGCUCUACAGGAUAGAGCAUACAAUUGUAU